AUCACAUUCGAUGUAUUCCGCGGGUCGUCCGAGGGGCGCAUCGUCGCGGACAAGGUGACGCGCACCCUCGAGCUGCACGAGGUGUUCAUCGAGACCACCCACUCCGGGGUCUGCGGCACCGACGAGCACUACCUCAAGGCGGGCAAUGUGCUGGGCCACGAAGGGGUGGGCAUCAUCCGCGCCCUGGGGGCCGGGGUCAAGUCCGUUCAGGUCGGGGAUCGUGUGGGAUUCGGCUAUACGCACAGUAUCUGCGCCUCCUGCAAGGAAUGCGCGACCGGU